CAAAAGAUUCAUGAAAAUGUAACUUUUCAACACGUAAAAUUUGUUAAAUUGUUGUAUUCCAACAAAAAGAUGGUAUUUUACUACCCAAAUUUCGCUUUGUUUCAUGUGCAUUGUGCUACUGCUGGCACUUGUAUUAGUAACUUAGUAAUUAUUAGUUAUUAGUAAUAUUAGUAUUAUGCUUAUUUUUUUUUACGAUCAGAUUCAGUGGAUAGUGUUGUCAACAGUCAACACUGUUGAUGCCAUUCAUUUUCAUUGAUGCAUUCAUUUUUUUUAGUUUAGUAUUUAUUGAGUAUUUAGUUUUUUGUACCUGCCACUGUGCCCAUCGGCAACAUUAUCAUGAAUUAUCCUUCGCCUGCCUUAGGAUGAAUUUUGCUUUUAUUUAUCAAUCCCCGAUUAUGCUUACCAAGUGCCUAGUAUUUUGCUCUGCCCAGCACAUAAUAUCAUGCAUUAGUCAUAAGGCACAUAAUUAUAUGAUAAUAUCAUGCAUAAGGCACAUUGAGCUAGGCUCAUAGCAAAAUAUUCCUAGGGCAGGGCGCUUUUCACCCUUCUCAUCAACACUGUCAACAGCCUUAGUUUUAUAUGGGCCUAUUUUGUUUAUUCUGCUUCUGCAAUGACUCCAGGAAAGACUGGAGUUUUUGAGGGCUCAAUUUGUUUUUGUGGCAAUGCACAGGGCAAUAAAUUCAACACUUUCUGAUUCUGCCCUUUUGCUGACAACACGCCAUUGUUAUCAGGCUACAACUGAAUCUAAAAAAAAUGUCAAAAUACCUCAUGAAUGUCCACAAUUGUGGUGCGUGGUAUGUAAAAAAAGCCACAACUGAAACAAGACAAAGGUGCAAUUGUAGAUCGUGGCUGGUCCUCCCGCAUAUGUGAGAGACACAAUCAAAGAACUAUGAUUAAUUUUGCACUGACCUUAAGCUUUGUUUCCCCAUUCGUAUGUAUGUAAAACAACAAACAAGGGUGAAAUUUAUGUAUAAUGAAGUAAUGUAUCAAUGAAAUUAAGCCUGAGUGAAUAACACACGAUCAUUGGUUAGUAUUUUUACAAAAUAUCAUAGAUUUAGUUCAGUUAAUAGGACUAUUCCAACUAUCUCUGCACUUUUAUAAAUUAUUGUAGGCUACAUGAUCCCAUUAUUUCUCUGAAUAAAAUACACAUUUUAAAUAAAUUGGAACCAUAGCAUUGUCUAAUGAAAUUAACAAGUAUCAAAGAAAUAAUUUUAAUAUAUUUAACUUAUUAUGUAAUACCCAGUAGUGUAUUAUUAAUAGAAAAAUGAAUGGAAGCUAUGCCCAAAUUGUAGCUCUGUAAGAACCACUCCAAAAUCUUUUUUGUUGAAAUGUUGAUUUAAGGGCCUACUUGCAACAAAUUUGUUAUACUAGGGUGAGAUAGUUUGAUAGGAUAUUUAAAAACAAAAUUAUUAUCAUCUCUCCAAGUUAAAAAAUAAUCAUACAGACACUUCAUUUUCAACUUUAAAAAUGUAUUUUAAAAUGACUUUCUAAAUUAACAAAACAAAAAAAACCAUUGCACCUAUUUGACAAUGAAAUAAUUUAUCCUGCAGCAUUGAUUUAGAUUAUUUUUUAACGUAAUAAUUUAAAUCAUCACUAUUUAAUUUAUUUUGAAAGAUAAGUGUGCUCUUUUAAAUGUAUUCUAUACUACCGUGGUAAUAUUGAUUUUACAUUAUCUAUUUUAGCAGGUAUAUUUCAGUGAAUAUAUAUAUCUACUUAAUAAUAAAGAAGUAACUGCAAUUGAAUCUGAACUAAAAAAAGAAUGCAGAAAUAUGAAAAACUUGAGAAAAUUGGAGAAGGUAAACUAUAUAUUAGUAUCUAGAUUAUUAGUAGAUAAUGCAUUCCAUAAAUGUUUAAUUGCUUAAUUAAAUAUUAUAAUGUUGUUGUUUUUUAUCUUCUAUAUAAAUGAUUUGAGCUCAAUUACCCUAAAGUUAAGAACUUUGGUGAAUAUCUUCCAUAAAAAUUGAGCUUAAUUUUUAUAUUUUAUCUGAGCUAAAGUGGAGAUAAUUUGUUAUAUUACAGUGUAACAUUCUUAUCUUCUCAUUAUAUAUAAUGAUAAUAUCUGCAUUCAUCUUUAACAUUUCUCACAGGCACUUAUGGUACAGUCUUCAAGGCAAAAAAUCGUGAAACUUUGGAAAUCGUUGCUCUGAAGCGUGUUCGACUUGAUGAUGAUGAUGAGGUAUACCUAAUCUAUACUUGUUUCAAGCAUUAACAAUUCAUUAACAUUUAUGAAUUUGGAAAGAGUGUACACACAACGCUCUUUAUCAUUCUUUCAUCAUUUACUCAAAAAAAUUUUACAACUAAAAAAUACAUUAAAAACAUCUAAAAAUAAGAAAAACAAACAAAAAUGGACAUGUUGAGGGGAAAAAAUACAAGUUGGAUGCCAAAACAGCCAUUCAAAAUCUUACAUAUAUCAAUAUUUUUACAAAUUUAAUAAAAUAAUUUAAUCAUUUAGAAUUUAAAGCUUAUAUCUGGUUAGCAUUUUCUGAUACCCUAAAGCCAAUCAGAUGAUUUUAUCCGUUUUAAAAUUGCUGAUGCCAAUUAAUUGUCAAUGCCACAUGGGUUGAUAAGCAAUCAUCUGUCGAUUUAACAGUGCAAACCUAAUCUAGACAUACCAUAUUGUUUGUUUCCAGGGAGUUCCGAGUUCUGCUCUUAGAGAAAUAUGUUUGCUGAAAGAGUUGAAGCACAAAAAUGUUGUGAGGUAUUAAAUACUGCUAAUUAAAUUAAUUUUUAAAAAUAAAUUUUGGCAUUGUGCUAAUAAUAGAGCAUAAUUUUAUCUUUAAUUGACGCUGUUUAUCAAAAGAAAAUAAAUAAAUAUCCUUUUUGAAAUACUUAAGCAAUCAAGUUAAUAAAAUAUGCGCCUUACUUAUUGAAUCAUGGAUUUAAAAAAUAAAAGAUUUCAUAUUUUUAAUUUUUAAAAUUCAGAUGUUUCAUUCAGUGUUUCCAAGAUGAUUAAAAAUAAUUGUUACUUUUUAAAAAAUUUAAUAUGCUAAAAUAAAUAUAAGGAAUAUAAGCCAAAAAAAUUUCCAUUAAAUUUAUAUCAAUAAAAGAGUGUUUAUCUUAAUUGAAAAAAAAAAAUAUUUGUGAUUAUACAGUUUUAUAAUGUUUAAGAUUACAUGAUGUGGUACAUAGUGAAAGGAAGCUUACUCUUGUCUUUGAAUACUGUGAUCAAGAUCUCAAGAAAUAUUUUGAUGCUUGUAAUGGAGAAAUUGAUCCUGAUGUUGUAAAGGUAAAGGUUACAUUGAUUUGUAUAUAAAUAAAUAUUUUAUUUAAAAUUCUUUUCCCUUUCUUUACCAUUGUAGGUGGAAGUUAACCAAAUGUUUGUUCUCAUUCUCUUAAAAAUAUUUUUACUCGUAUCCUGACCUUGAUUUCUUAAACAUCAUACAAAAUAAAUACACCCUAACACCUGCAUCAAAGUCAUACAGUUUCUUCCUAAUUAUUUUUUAAUAUUCUUUUUCAUUAGGACAAAUAAGAUUCAGUUAUUUACAGUUCCAGAUUUUUAGUUCUAUUUUAAAAAAUUUGAUUUCAGUCAUUCAUGUGUCAAUUAUUGAGAGGAAUAGCCUUUUGUCACAGUAACAAUGUUCUUCACAGAGAUCUCAAACCACAAAAUUUAUUAAUAAAUAAGGUGAGAUCUAUAUUAAAAAAUUUGUCAAGUCUAUUAAGGGUUUGAAUUUUGAAAUAUUUUGACAUCUCUUUAUUGUCUGGAGAUAAAAUAAUAAAUUUAAACAAAAUAAAACGUUUAUGUUAUAUGUGAUUCAAUGUGUAGAGUUCUAUGUCUAACAUAUAUUCGUUGAAGCAGUUUUUAAAAAAAAAUGAAUUUGCAUGUAAUUGUCGUUUUAUUCAAUUUAAUUGUUAAUGUGCAGUUGAGGAGUUAGUAAUGCGCUUGUUUUAUUUUUUUUUCUGAAUAAUCUUAUUAAAUAAUGUUCCACUUGCAAUUUAUUUAUAAGUUUAAGUAUUUCACUCAAUAAUGAUUGGACAAAUUAAAUAUGUGAAAGAGUCAUUUGUUGCUCAUGCUGCUUCUGUGUCUCCAUGUAUUAGAAUGGUGAACUGAAGUUGGCUGACUUUGGACUUGCAAGAGCAUUUGGAUUUCCUGUGAGGUUUUACUCCGCAGAGGUUAGUGGAUACGAGAAAACUAUCAUCAAGUUUUGUAAAUAUUUGACAGUAUGGCUGAGAGAGAUGGACAAUUCUUAUUUUUGUAUAGAACCAAAUACUAAACCCUUAAGUGCUGCAUGCCAGAGGGCAAAGUUUAUUAAUAGAGCAGGGGAGAAGAAAAAUUUACUGGUUUUUAAUGCUGAGGAUGAAAUGGAAUACAUGUUCUGUUAUGUUUUUUUGAGAUGGUCAGAAUUCAUCAGCCAGCAACCAUGGCUAUUAUUAAAUCAAAUAAUCACUCGUAAAGUCAAUAUUGUCUUUUAAAGGAAGAGAGGUUUUAUUAUAUUUUUAUGGCUGAUUUUUGCACUUGAGAAAUACUUAAAACGUCUUCGGUGUAAAUGGAUCUAGUUGUUUUCAAAAUCCGAAUGUUUAAUUAUAUGUUGAAAAGGAAUAUGUGCAAUGUAAUCAAAACUCAUUCCCUCAUCUUAUAUAAUGAUUUCCUCAUCUUAAUUCUAAGAAUACUGUGAAGGAAUCAUGUUACAAGUAUAGUGGUUGGGCGGCAUCUAGUUUGGGGAGGGGGAACAGUGACUGGUUUGAGGAAGUGGGAGGGAUGUGUUUGGUGCCAAGCUUUUGGUCAUAUCUGUAUAUUCUAGCAGUUUAACCAUGUAAAAUACAUUCUCAGCUUUGGGGCCAUACCUAAUGAGAUGAUAGUCUGGAUUUGCUCUGUCUCAUUUUCCAAAACCUUGUCUUCUAGCCAAUUGCAAUCUUGAUCUCAUCUCCAAAACAACUAAAAAGUUAUAUAUCUAAUAGUUUUUUUUUUAUAAUUAAUGUAUUUAAAUGGGUAGUUUAUAGAUUUUUUAAACACAAGUAUUUGUAAAUUUUUACAUUUUGAAACUGAAACUUGUGUUUUCAUUUAUAAUAAAAUCAUGUGGGAAAAGUUUCACAUUACAAAAUAUAUUGCAUGACCCUCUAAGAUGUUUUUAAAAUAUGAAUUAUCAGGUAGUCACAUUGUGGUAUCGCCCUCCAGAUGUUUUAUUUGGUGCAAAAAUGUACUCAACAUCCAUUGAUAUGUGGUCAGCAGGAUGCAUUUUUGCAGGUACAAUUUUAUUUCAUUACUUGAUUUAUGGUGUAAAACAAAUUAUUCAUUCCAGUUUUUCUAUCUCUCACCAACUUAUUUAUUUAUGGGGCAAAGGUUAUCUUUUUAUUGGGCAAUUAUUUUAACUUUAUUGAACCAAGUAAUCAUUUGUCUACAUAACAUCUGUUAUUUUUGUUUUAAUGUUCCAGAAUUAGCCAAUGCUGGAAGACCACUUUUUCCAGGAAAUGAUGAUGAUGACCAAUUAAAGAGAAUAUUUAAAUAUCCUUUGCAACUAUGACCAUUUAUUGUUUGUUAGCCAUCUAUUCUUCUUUCUUUCAAUUGAGUCCUAAAAAAAAAAGAUGCAAAUUAUGUCGAUGGCCUCGGCGUCGUGAUAACCCACGAUCGAGAUAUGGCGCAAUGACUAUAUAGUUUAGAUAAGGCAACACAUCUCCUUAUUACUAAAAUCUAUUUAGGGACUACUUUUUUUUUUUUUAAUUUGGCACAUAACUAUUUAAAUAAAGCUUUCCCUGACAAUGGUUUAAUGACUUUUGCACACUGCAUACUCUUAUCAAGGAAACUCUGACGUAGUACCAUGGCACAGCCAUUAUGUGAGUGACAGUGAAUGGCUGCCCAUGACAAUGUUUUCCACACGGCAAAUUAUGAUCAUUUAUAAUAUGGACUCUACUGGGUUUUUAAACCUCGAAUUUAAAAAAUUUAUUUAAAUUACUUCUAGCUUCAUUCUAAAAGAAAAGUCCUGUAUUUUGAGAAAUAAUUAUUUUUAAUUAUGAAAACUUGUUUACUUGUUGUUUGAUAUUUCUUCUUGUGGAGUUCAAAAGCCAGUGAUUUGUCAAGGGGAUCACUUAACCGAGGUUAAGUGGCAAAUUCGGCCGCCUUUUGUGCUUGAGAUAUCAGGGUUCGGCAACUUAAAAGAAUCGACAUAACGGAGAAAAUGCUAAGACAAAGAGAGACUUUGGCAGUUCCAGUUCAAAAACGUUAACAUAACAGGGUUGGCCAGUUAACCGAGGUCGAGAUAAGCAGGUCCACUGUAUUUCGUAUAAGCAAUUCUUCAUAUUAUUAGUGAGAAUGAAGUUGAUCCAUUUUUUGACAAAGUUUAAGUAGAAAUUCUGCAUGUGAAAAAUGUAAGCCAGGCUAAUUAAUUAUUAAACAGUGGAUAACCAAUAUUGGACAGGCAAUGGUCAAUUUACAUUCCAUAAGGUAUCUGACAUUUUAAAUGAAGAAGACAGUUAACUUAUGAAACAACAUCACCUAUUGUUACCUUAACCGAAGCUCCAGACUUUUAGGCACACCUACAGAGGACACCUGGCCAGGGCUUACUCAACUUCCUAAUUAUAGGGUAAUGUCUUAAGUUAAUAUGAAUUUAACAUUAAUACACUCAUAAAAAAAUAAGUUUUUCUUUUUUCCCAUCUCGACCUUAAAUGAUGCAAUUAAUAAUGAAAUCAUUAUCCUGAUCCAUUGACCUUUGGCCUCAACUAAAUACAAUGAUUGUAAGAUUUAUGUUUCAGUAAUUUUUUUGUAUUUUUUAAAUUUUCUUUUAGUGGUAGUCUCCCACCUGUAAAACAUUCUCUGCUAUAACAAAGUUUAAUUUUUGUCAUCAGAUUUUUACCAAAAAAAAAAAAAAAAAAAAAAAAAAAAAAAAAAAAAAAAAAAAAGAUCACAAUGAAUGAAAUAACCAAAGUCAUGAUGAUACAUGUGUUAAAUUAUCAUUAAUGUAUUCAAUUCUUAUUUAUUUCUGGUUAUACAAAUUCAUUUUAGUUUUAGCUUAUUUACAGGCUUCUAAAUAAAUCUAAAUAAGAAUUUUUUUUUAAAAGUGAUCAUUUAUACUGAGGUUUUUUAUACAAAUUCUAAUAGUCCUUUGAAACUAUUUCUAACAGUGACAUAAUAUAAUUGAAUUGUUGAAAAUCUUGAUGUCCUUUGGUGAGUGCUAAAUAACCAAAGAGUAUUUCUAACUCUAAUGUGACAAAUAUUUCUGUCCUCCAGCCUUUCCCUAUGUAUCAUGUGAGUACAACAUGGCAGCAAGUAGUCCCAAAACUGAACUCCAAAGGCAGGGAUCUCCUCCAGGUAUUAAUUACUCUUUAGCUCCAGAAAUGACUUUAGACAUAACUGCAUUUUGGUUGGUCUUAUCUAAGAAUGGAAUUCCUAAGAAAUUGUCUGUAUACCCAAAAGACAAAUAUGGUUGACACUUGGAUUUGUAUAAAGUAGUAAUAUCAAGUAUGUAAAAUUAUAAAUAAUAGUGUUAUUCUGAGGACAAAUGAGUCAAUGAUUCUUUGUUAAUGUUACUUAAUUUUUAAAAGUAUUUGACAUAUUUGUUAAAUUGUAAAACUUAAGAUCUGAUCCAACCUUCUCAUAACAGUGCCAAAUCCCAGUUCUUAACUUAAUUGUUUUUCCUCACAGAAACUGUUAGUCUGUUAUCCACCUGACCGGAUGUCUGCAGAAGACAGUCUCCAACACCCCUAUUUUGUUGAUGUCAACCCCAGUGUAAAGUAGUGAAUGCGCUGGAUUCUUGAUGAAGGCUGUGAACUGUAAGAAAUGUCACCAUUUUUCAAAAGUAAUGACCAAAUAAGAGAUAAAAAACAAAUUGAAUUUCAAGUGUAAAAUAGUUCAGUGUUUAUCAUAACGCAAUGAAUGUAAACCUUGGCAUUGAAGAGAGUGCAGAAUGUGCUUGAUUGCUACAAGAGCAAGGAGUUAAAACAGAUAUUUCUCCUUGCCAUGAUUGAAAAGUUAGUUUUAAAUUGUUGUGAAAGACCACUGUGUAUCUUGACCCUUUAGAUGAAAUUGAUAAAUUAAUGAAUACUUCUUUUUAGAUUAUUUAAUAUUUUAAUGUUUUCUGUUUUGAGUUGUUUUUAAAAUAUAUUUGCUCAGAACUUCUUAGAAAUAAAAAUGUUCUGGAAACAAUUAUUACUUACAAAAUUUUAUGCCACAAAUAUGUAAAAAAAACUUUUUUAAAAACUUUUUAAAAAACUUUUUCAGUUUAUUUAAGAAGAAUUGGUAACAAUGGAAUCUCUGUAUCUUUGAGUUGGUAUUACACCUUUUAUUUUAUAUUUUCUCAGUAGGGUAGAGUAGCAAACUGAAAUGCAAUAAUAAAGUUUGUUUUUUGGUCAUUCUGGGAGUGAAACAGAAGUGUAAAAUUAUGUUUUUCUUUUAAAAAUCAGUUUUGGGCCAUGACCAAACGGGGCCGGUGAAAUGGUUGGGAUACAAAAAAUUACAACACCCCCCCCAAAUCUAAAAGUAUGUUUGUCUUUUAAAAAUCCGUAUUGCCCUUGACCCAACUGUGGAUGAAUGUCAAGUCUGUUGAAGAUGUAUUAGAUGAGGCAUGCUGCAAAUGAACAUCUUGUAGCGAAGGUUUUGGGUUAUGCAAUGAUAAUUCAAGUGCUCUCAAUGUUGUGGCAAAGAGUUUUGCAAUGCUAUUAGUUCUAUAAAUAGCCUUGUAAAUGAUAAAUAUUUAAGUUAUUGAUUCAGAUUUACGCUAUCCAUUUUUCCUGUUCAAAUGCUAAUACAUUUUUUGUAAAUACAAUCACAUGUUGAAUGUUGUAAUAAAUGGUGUGCAGAACCAACAAUUGUUGCACUACAAUAGUCAAUGUUUUACUUCAUGAAAAGAAAUGUAAAAUGUUUUUGUUUUGAUUUUUUAUAUAUGUUUACUUUUAAUACUUUCAAGGACCAAUGAUUGCUGUUGGGUGUUCUUACCAAUUAUAAAGUUAAUUUCAGGCAGAUAAAAGAGAAAAAUAGUCACAUUAGUAUAUUAUAAAUAACCUUGAC